CUAAAGUAACCAUAUUUCAUUCCUUCAAUUCAAAAGAUAAGGUAAGUAUAUUAUCCGAUUCAUCUCCAGAAAAUGAUCAAGAUUUAAAAUUACUAGAAGUUGAAGUAAAUACAUCUACCGAAGAUACUGAAGAUGAAGAUGAUAAUAAAGAAUCUUCUGAUGAUGAUAACUCUGAGCAUGAGGGUUCCUUUAAUAACAACGAAGAUGAUAGAGGGUUCUGUAGUUUUUCUGAUGAUGAUGAAGAAGGUUAUUAUUAUGAUUUAAAUACUGGUGAAACUUAUACAAAAUCAGAACAUC